AUGGACAGAAUGUCCACUUGGUCCGAAGGAAAAAAUUCACACAUCCUUCUGCAAGACAACGAGGCAAGAAUCAGACAGGAAAUUUUCAUAAACGGACCAGUGGGAGCUAAUUUUUACGUUUUCGAAGACUUUAUACACUACAAGGAAGGGAUUUAUAAGCAGACAUAUGGGAAAUGGAUAGGAGUACAUGCAAUCAAACUUAUUGGUUGGGGCACAGAAAAUGGAACAGAUUAUUGGUUGGUUGCUAACUCGUACAACUACGACUGGGGAGAGAAUGGCACCUUCCGCAUUCUUCGUGGAACUAAUCACUGUUUGAUAGAAUCACAAGUGAUCGCAACGGAGAUGAUUGUAUGA